AAAAAAGGUGCCAGUAACACAGUUGUUGGCAUGAUUUUUGGAUGUUUUGCUUUAUUCAAUUUCUUGACUUCUUUAAUCUUAGGAAAUUAUUCUCUCCCCUGACCCAUGGUGAAUGAUUUCCUCCUGAGGAUGAGGUGGCUCAUCAAGAUGUCACACAAGUGCCAUUGGUUAGUUCAGCCUAAGUGCCUGGGAUGACUUUCAGCUAUGGCACAAACCUCACCAAGUACUUUGUGGAUGGGAGGGAGCUGCCUUCACUAAAGACGCUGAAGUGAACAAGUUUUUAUCAAUAGAGGUGCGUGGUCCUGCAGUCAGAAAUCAUGAGAAUUUCACUGAAACUCAGCGGAGUACUGGCUUCAUUAAUAACGGCUGAGACACAACGACUUUGCCCAGGCCUGAACAAGACAAACAGUCCGAAAUGUCUGCUUUCCUUAGGGGAAGGUUAUAGCACGGAAUUACAAGCUCAGAUAUACUGUGUUACUGGAUUGAGUUAGCCUUGUGGCAUGCCUUUCGUCAUCCAUCACCCAGGUGAUAGAGUCUAAAAUGAAUGAAGAUGAGAUCUCUUUUCUGCUAAUUUUGAGAAUGGGAAAGGCUGGAGUUAACCAUGUUUCCUAUUCCAAAGCUUUGUGGUAUUCAAGUUCAUGGUAAAAUUGCUUUUGAGCCAGCUUCCCUUGACUCUUUUCUGAGAGAGUCUCCUCAGCCUCUCUUGUGCUGUAAACGUGGUGGGUACUUCACUGCUAACUUGAUAUCAGUGACAAACUGGAGGGGGAUUGUAUUGCUUUGUGUAAAUGAUUGUUUGUAGUAAUGAAUGCUGCCGUAAUCUGCUGCUGUACGGAAGCUGCAGCAAACAGCUGUGAAAUAGUUAACUGUACCAAUCUGAAAACUGGGUUAAGUCACUUAGCCAUUUAGAAUAUUUUUAGGUUCAGUAUUGUAUGAAGGCACACAGACAGGAGCAGUUUCUCCAGAUCUGGUAGUUGCAUUUUCUGUGAAAUUCCCGUAACAUUGUGAAUUCUUAACAGUAAUGUACUUGAAAGAUUUUUGAUUUAGCUUUGAAAUAAUAACCUGUAAAGAUGAUAUUUAAUUUACAGCUUACGCAAAUUGGAGCAAAAUUCAUGUUUGUAGCAGGGAUGUUUGUUUCUGGAUGUGUUACAAUUCUGUUUGGAAUGCUGGACAAGGUGCCCAGUGGACCAGUGUUCAUCAGUUUGUGCUUUUUAGUAAGAGCAAUGGAUGCAGUAGGUUUUGCAGCAGCAAUGACGGCGUCAUUUUCAAUCCUUGCAAAGGCAUUCCCCAAUAACAUAGCUACUGUCAUGGGCAGCCUUGAAAUUUUUACAGGGCUUGGAAUGGUGCUGGGCCCACCUUUAGGUGGUUUUUUAUAUCAAUCAUUUGGUUAUGAGGUCCCUUUCAUUACACUGGGGUGUCUGAUGUUGGUCUUGGUGCCUGUGAAUAUGUUUCUGUUGCCAAAAUAUGAUUCGAUCCCUAGCAAGGAUUCCUUUUGGAAGCUCGUUCUUCUGCCAGAAGUCUUACUUCUCUGUCUUACUAUAUUUUCUCUAAGUGCAUGCUUGGGCUUUUUGGAUCCUACAAUGUCUCUGUUUAUCCUAAAGAAGUUCAAACUCCCAGCUGGUUAUGUAGGCUUAGUAUUCCUAGGUUUGGCACUCUCGUAUUCCCUUUCUUCUCCUUUCCUUGGACUCUUAAGCGACAAGCUGCCAUACCUCAGGAAGUGGCUGCUGGUUUCUGGAGGCUUAAUAACAGCAGUGUGCUUUUUCAUGUUAGGACCUGCUCCUGUACUGCACAUUGAGAGUCAGCUGUGGACUUUUGUCCUAGUGCUGGUUUUGAUUGGCUUUUCCCUUGGCAUGAGCGCUAUUCCAGUAUUUCCAGAGAUACUGCACUGUGCAUAUGAUAAUGGAUUUGAAGAAGGUCUGAGUCUGUUGGGACUGGUGUCUGGGCUCCUCAGUGCCAUGUGGUCUCUUGGUGCAUUUGUAGGUCCCACUCUAGGAGGUUUUCUAUAUGAGAAGCUGGGUUUUGAAUGGGCCUCAGCCAUCCAAGGGGGAUGGUCGCUGUUAAGUGGACUCGCAAUUGGAAUAUUCUAUAUCAUUGAGGCCACAAGGAGGAGUUCCAGUUCCAGCCUGCAAAACCUUUCUGGCAGUAAUGAAGAAAGAACUCAUCUGUUGGGUAGUGAAACAUAGCCGGACAUACUUUUGGAUUCUCUCUUUAAAACUAUUGCAGUUUAACUCAGUCUUGAGAUGAGUGGACUUAGAAAUGUUGCAUUAAUCUCGAGAUGGGAUACGUGAUCCACUAGUGAACAAUCAGUUGUCAUUUACUUGUAGCUGCAUCUCUGUUUUGAAACACUAAACACUGACUACCUUUCUUUUUGGAAGUCCUCAUGUGGAUUGACUGAACUGAUAAGUUACCUUCAGAUGUCAGCCUGUUUGAUCGUGUUCCAUAUGCAGUGCACCAUAUGCAUGCAGUGCACCACUGUAUGUGAAGAGGUGUAUUUUCAAAUGUCUUAACUUCUACACUUGAGUCUGCUGUGGGUUAUUCUCAGAUAAAACUACUGGUUUUCCUACCAUGAUUUUCUGUAUCCUUUUUUUAAAGGAUCCUGUAAUACUUCAACUGAUAACAUAAAAUGUUGAAAUGGAAUUUGAAAAGGCAAAGCAUUAAGCACAAUAUUGUUUACAAUAAAGCAACUUUUUUCUGAAA